AUGGCAUCAGUCAUUAUACCCACUACAACAACACUGAAAUCUCAAGCACAAUCUAAGGUAGCUCUGGUGACUGGAGCGGCCUCUGGGAAAGGUUUCGCCAUCACGCGACUCCUGGAAAAGCACGAUGCAAAAGUCGUUCUAAUUGACCUGGACCUGACCAAAGUGCACGCAGCGGCAGAAGAAAUUGGUCACGGCAGCACGCCGUUCUCUUGUGACGUCUCAUUGUGGACGCAACAGAUGGAACUGUUUGAAUGUGUAUCUCAAUAG